ACACCGUCUAACGAUGGUGAUAUCGAGAUGCCGCGCUUUCUUGUUUACGCUCGGUGAGUGCCACGAUAAAAUUUCGAUCAUUCCGGUGGGUGGUUUUCGACAGAGAAAAUGGUAGCGGAAAAGUACAACAAACUCGAACCCGAUCUUGCGGAGGAACUACGCACGAUUGCCCAACAGAUUGUAGCGCCUGGCAGAGGUAUUCUAGCUGCUGAUGAGUCGACCACGACGAUCGGCAAACGUCUGCAGGACAUCAGCGUUGAGAACACGGAAGACAACCGAAGGGCUUAUAGACAGCUGCUUUUCACUGCAACAAAGGAUGUCAUCGGACAGCACAUCUCUGGAGUAAUUCUCUUCCAUGAGACUCUCUAUCAAAAGGCAGACGAUGGUACACCGUUCGUCGAGCUGUUAAAGCAGCGCAACAUCAUCCCCGGUAUCAAGGUUGACAAAGGUGUCGUCCCGCUUUUCGGCACAGACAACGAAUCCACGACUCAGGGUCUCGACGAUCUCCAAGCGCGUUGCAUCCAAUACAAGAAGGACGGUUGUCACUUUGCCAAAUGGCGGUGCGUAUUAAAGAUCACCAAGGAUACGCCAAGCAAGCUCGCUAUCUUGGAGAAUGCAAAUGUCUUGGCCCGCUACGCUUCUAUCUGUCAGAGCGCAAGGAUCGUACCGAUCGUGGAACCAGAGAUCCUUCCCGAUGGUGACCAUGACCUCGCUCGUUGCCAACAAGUCACGGAGGAGGUUUUGGCGGCCGUAUACAAGGCACUCUCAGAUCACCACGUAUAUCUCGAAGGAACGCUGCUGAAGCCCAACAUGGUGACUCCAGGUCAGAGCUGUCCAACGAAGGCGACACCACAGCAGAUUGGUGCCGCCACGGUGACGGCAUUGUUGCGCACUGUACCACCGGCGGUACCCGGCAUCACCUUCCUCAGCGGCGGUCAAUCCGAGGAAGAGGCGUCGGUUAAUCUGGAUGCCAUUAACAAAUAUCCAGCAAAGAAACCUUGGGCGUUGACGUUCAGCUAUGGACGUGCCCUGCAAGCUUCUGUGCUUCGCGCUUGGCAAGGCAAAGCCGAGCAGGUCGCCGCCGGUCAACAAGAGCUGCUUAAGAGGGCCAAGGCAAAUGGCGCAGCCUGCCAAGGCAAAUACAUCGCCGGCAGCAUUUCUAGCAAAGCUGCUGAUACCUCUCUCUUCAUCAAAUCUCACGUCUACUAAAAAAUCUUACCUUUCCGCACAGUCUAUUUUUUUUCUGCCAGCGAACAGCGAAUCGGCACUUGGUAAAUACGCGGGUGGUGUCGCUGGCGCUGCGGGAGAUGCGGCUCUCUUCGUCGCCAACCAUGCGUAUUAGAUUGACUCAUAGAAAAAAAUCAAUUCAGAGAGUACCAUUAGAAACGUGAAAUUGAACCGCGUGAGAAGCAUCUCCUGGGAUUAUCGUCAUUGUCCUUCUCUACCAAAAUUGCGCAGAAGUAAAUUGCAUCCAAGACGAUCGAGAAUCACACAAAACUUAAAGUUUCCAAGAAGAUUGCUUGUCUCUCCUUUUUUUGUUCUUAAACGUGAUCGUUUUUCAUGAGUAAUUGCAUGUUUUUAAAAUUUAACAGAAUGAUUAAACUCGAAUCAUGUACAAUAAAUUUCUAUUGAUUGCUUACAGUUUUUAAUCAAUCUCUGAUAAUGUGUGUUUCAUGACUCAGAUUAAUAUCUCAUAACUGGUACAGCAAAUUGGUUAGCUGUUUGAUGAAAAUCUAGAAAAUCUCGUAAAUUCCUUGUCCUUUAAGGAGUUUUAACAAACAACUUCGUAAUAGUAUGUAUACAAAAUAUUGAGUUGAAAUUAUUUUUCGGCGCGGUCUUUUGUUUCGAUUUUCUGUCGAUACUUUUGCUACUGUUUUAAUUCAUCGAGCAAUUAGUUGAACGAGGUUCAAAUCCACCAGUAAUAAAUGAUCGAAGGACGGAAAUCGAGGCACUACAUACCGCACACGAAUAGAUUUUACGAAACUCGAUAUUACGAUACGCAUUAUUAUUAUAUUCUGUAAUUCUACAAAAAGCAGAUAUAUAAUAUAUACAUAUAUAAAUAUAUAUAUUAUCAAUGUCGUUAUACGGUAUUCUAUGUGUAUAAAAUAAAAGAACGCAAGAAACAGAAAUAUGCAAAAUAAAACGAAUAUUAAAUGUUAUUUGUUAGCAAUUGAGUCAAAUAUUACGAAAUCGUGCUAUAUUGUGUCAUCUACUUAUACUAUGUGUAUAGAUCUUGCAUAGACACUUAAGUAAUCUAUUGAGAGUUAUCUCAUACGUCGGUGUUAUAUCUAAAUAUUUCCAUUGUAAUCUAGGUCACCAAAUACAACUGUGGAGGGCAAAAAAAAAAAAA